GGAGGGGGGUCCAGGAGGGGAGGGGACGGGAGGGGAGGGGACGGGAGGACCCCCUCGGGCCUCCUGGGACAGCAAGUGGGACCACAAUGACCCGGUGGCUCCAGUGUAAGUAAAUGCAAAUUACAAUAGUCCUGAAUUCACACCAUCAUCAUGAAGUUGGAACAAAAAACCGUGUGCUCAACGUGGGGCACGAAUCUUCCCAGAACGAGUAAGCAGCAACGGUCAGCUGUAACGGCCAUCAUAAAGUCGCUCAACAGACAGAUGCCCGUGCCAGGCCUUGUUCAGGACACUGGAGACACAGGGCUGAACCUGGAGCCUGAGAACAAACAGGUGAAUCAGGCCAUCAACAGACUGUCACGGACUCAGGCAGGCAGAGGGGACAGAAUGCCAUGGGCAGAGAGGGGUGCGCCUGCCUGGGGGGACAUGCUGGGCCUGGAGAGCCAAUCAGCCCCCUGAAGGAGGAGCAAGAAAGGCCCCAGGUUCAUGUGGCCCCAUGUGACCAAGGCCAGCAGGAGGGCUCUGGGGAGGGAUGCUGGGUGAAAGUGGGUGGGGAGGGCGGCCCCUCUGUGCACACAUGCCCACGCCAUGCUCCCGGGAGGCCCCAAACAAGGGAGCCCCUUCUUUCUCCACCUCAGCCCUCACACUUCCCAAACGUGCCCCACAGGGCUGGGGGCACACCUCAGCGGUACAACUGUCCCCACAGGCACGACAACCUGGGUCCAAUCCCCAGCACCACAAAAAGGCAGCUGGAGCCAAAUGCAUCCAGUCCCCCUGAGAUGCCACUGGAAACCCCUGUUCCUCAGGGGAGCUACGUGGGGACCACACAGGGUCUCUCCAUGUCCCAGGGGCUCGCCGCCCACUCCUGGCUUCUCAGGGCCCUGGGCACCUGCUAAGUCCUGCAUCACCCUAACCCUAAGGCACCCGGAGUGCGAGGGAUGGGAAGGCCGAGGAGCCUCCACCAGCCAGCCGCUCAGGAGCCACCUGGACAGCCGGAACAGGCCCGGCAGGGGGAGCACACGGAUGGCCUCCCUGUGCGGCCAGCCAGUCACCCAGGAGCACCCCCAGGUGGGCAUGCGACAGCCCUAGCCCCACCCACCAGCAUGGGUGGCUUCCUGCUGCCAGCUGCUCUCCGCAACACCAAGGGUGGCCUUGGAGCCCGAGCACAAGGCAGGGCUGGCCUCCAUGCCCAGCCAUGCCCCGUCCCAGUCCCCACAGCAGCAGGGGGUGAGGCGGAAGCUCAGGCUGCAGCAGGCUCAGGGCCUGCACCAAACUCGGACCAAAUGUCAUGGCCAUGGCAUGUCACGACUGCCGGGCUGUGUGCACACGUGCUGGUGUGCGUGCACGCGUGGGGGGUGUCUGCAUGUGCUUGUGCGAGUGUACAUCUGCACGAGUACAGGGGGGUGCGCCCGUGUGCACCCACACACGUGCACGCAGACUGGGUGGCUCCUGGCCUCCAGCAGCGGGGCUCUGCAGGGCACCAGGGGACCCUGGAUACCCCAACCUCCUCCUCUGCAGUCACGGGCCUCUGAGCCACCGCUGAGCUGGAAACAGCCCAGGACACAGCCUGCCACCUGCCCCAGGGGGGCGCAGUGGGCGAGGUCCUGCUCCUGCCCUGGCCUGGAGGCCCACCAGCCGCCCGCAGGAGGAGCCUCUGGAGCCAAGGAGCCAGGUGCUCAUCCCAGGAGGGAGCUGGAGGGGCCAUCAGCCACUCCAGCAGCCACCAGGCACCCUUCUUGUGCCUCAGACCCUUCCCUGAAGCAGAAGAUGCAGGAGUGGACUGGAGCUUGGCUCCAGUCAGACGUCCACUCCUGGGCCUGCUUCACAAAGGCGGGCAUCGGAACCUCCAUGGGUCUCUGGCUGGGGAAGGCCAGGGCUGGGUACCCUGCCAGCCACCUUGCAGCCCAUGGAGUGGACACUCUGGCAGGUGGGGUGGACACAAAGCCACACUGGGAAGCGGGCAGGGCAGGCUGCAGGGCCUGCUGUGGGGACAGAGGGCUGUGCUGUUACCCACCCAAAGCUGCUGCCCUCUGGCCCGUGUGGGCUCCAGGAGACACCUCCAUACAUGACCUAGAUCAAUCUUCUCAUGAACCCAACAGGGAGGCACUGCCACCAGCCACGUUUCCCAGGUCUGUCCCCAUCGACUCCUUCCUGUUGGAUCCUUUCCUUGAUCUGCUCUUCCACACCUCUGCAACCUCUGGCCAGCAACCCUGCCUCGGUUUCCCCAACUGUCCACUGGAAUGAUGAAGCAUCCUGGGGUGCGGAUGUGUGGACAGUGCGACGAUCCUGUCCAGUCAACAUCAAUGCGCUGGCAUGGUGCAGCUGUGAGGCGCGGUUGAGCUGAACAGCCUUCCCUCCAUUCCUGCCCCUGUGUGUGGGACGCAGACCAAAUGCCCUCAGUCUGCCACUCAGCAGGACAAACAGGCUGUCCCCCUCCCCCUCACCUCCACUGCAGGACCCAGGGACUCCACUCCCCCUCACCUCCACUCCUCCUCACCUCCACUGCAGGACCCAAGGAUUCCACUCCCCCUCAUCUCCACUCCCCCUCACCUCCACUCAAGCUCACCUCCACUCAUCCUCACCUCCACUCCUCCUCACCUCCACUGUAGGACCCAAGGAUUCCACUCCCCCUCACCUCCACUCAUCCUCACCUCCACUGCAGGACCCAGGGACUCCACUCCCCCUCACCUCCACUCAUCCUCACCUCCACUGCAGGACCCAGGGACUCCACUCCCCCUCACCUCCACUCAUCCUCACCUCCACUCAUCCUCACCUCCACUGCAGGACCCAGGGACUCCACUCCCCCUCACCUCUCCCUCACCUCCACUCAUCCUCACCUCCACUGCAGGACCCAAGGACCCAAGGCCUAACUCAGCUUAUUAAUCCCAAGCAUCUACUCCCCUGAGGAGCGACCAGGCCAGUGCUGCUGACAAGGGACACAUGGGUCAGCAUGGAGAAUCUACUGGCCUUCAGGCAGCCCAGGAGCGGAUGGCCCAGAGACGGACCUGCUGAGCCGGGUCUGAAAAGAUCUUUUAAUGGGUGCAGAGUCCAGGCCUCGGGCUCCAGAGCGGCAAAAGCCCGGAGGGAGGGAAGCUGUAGAGGCAGUGGGGGUACAUCACAGGAAGCCUCUUGAAAAGUUUGUGGCUUAUGGUAAAUACAAUGGCGACAUCAGAGGGCAAUUGUAAGCAGGAGGGUUGAAUUCGAAGCUAUUGUUUUUACAACCACCACCUGGCUUCGGCUUGGCCAUCGUUUUAGAAGGGCAAAAUGAGACAUCUAAAGAGACUUGGGAAAUAUCAAAACAGCGGGAGAGUGGACCUAGCGUUCCUCCGGCCUGGGCUAGCCCUUUUAUUCCCACGCACCCAUUUUUGCUAGGAAAAGUUCUAUCCCCAAUCUGCAGACGAGGAUUCGAGAGGCCUCCUGUUUUGCAACGAGACACCUCCACCUCUGAGAACCAAGGCCCGGCCUGGAGCGGGGCGGGCUGCCCUUCACUUCUCCCAGGACACGCACCCACUCCAACCCCCCAAAAGCUGUGGGCCCAGAACUUUCCUUUUUAAAAUUUAAAAAUUAAUGUUGCA